AUCCCUUCUCCUGCGAAUAUCUUUUCGCGCGUGUAGAAUGGUUGGCAAGUAGUCCUGAACACACAGCGCUGUGCGUGCGAACAUCGCCGCCUGCACGCAGCUUUCCUGGAUCAUCUAAGCAAAGUCGGAGGCAGUAGGAGGACAGUCUCAAGUCCAUGAAGAUGAGCAGAUUUGGUGCCGAGUUUUAUCUGCUGCUUCUGGUACUCAGGGAGCCAUUCCUGGGUGCUGCAUACGGCGUCCUGAGAAGCCAGGACACCGGGAAUAGGACGCAUCCCUCCGCAGCCACGCUCACCGACUGUCCGAGGCGCUGCGGCAAUCUCAGCUUCGACUACCCCUUCGGCAUCGGGCCUGGCUGCUUCCGCAAUCCCGACUUCGAGCUCACCUGCGACGACACCGCUCAGCCGCCCAAGCUGCUCUUGUGCGAUGGCGCCACUCAGGUUGUCCACUUAUUCAUGGAUCUUGUUGGAUCGGAUGAUAUCUACUAUGACACGGUUCGUGUCGCCUUUUCCCAUGAAAUUCCAGUGAGAUCUGGUGUCGAUGUCUACAACAUGUCCUGGAAAACCCCAGGGCGGUCUUUCAAUACCCGGGGUUUCAUGCUGAACAUCAUUGGUUGCGACUUCGAUGUGUACAUGCUGGAUAAUUCAAACAAGCCCACACUGCGCUGCACAACUUCCUGCCCAGAUGAACGGAUCACGGAGGCUAUGGCUAAAGAGAACUGCAACGGCACCGGAUGUUGCUCCUUCAGUGUGACUGCUUUCCUGACAACCAUCAACCUCAGGUUUGAUCGUCAGAACAAAACCAAACUUAAAUCGCUUGAUGGGGGGUCACUAUGGGACAGAAUUACAUUAAGUUCUGACCAAACCGACCUCUCAUGGUCCAUUGUGGAUCAACCAAACUGUGCAAGCACAGAGGGAAAUAAGACAAAUUAUGCAUGUAUCAGUAGCGACAGCAACUGCGCCGACCAGGCUAACUUGUUGAUAAAAUAUGGGUACAUCUGCAGCUGCAAUGAUGGUUAUUUUGGGAAUCCCUUCAUUCUAGAUGGUUGCUCACGAGACAAAGGUUACAAUCCAACCGAACGAAGAGCUAGCUGUGCACGUUCGUGUGGGAAUAUUAGCAUUCCUUUUCCAUUUGGCUUGGAAGAAGGUUGUUUUGCGAGAAAAGAAUUUUUCCUGAACUGUACAAAUAUUUCUUAUGUCACCCUGGGUAACACUGUCCAGGUGACCAACAUAAACAUUAACGAAGGGUUCAUCAAUUAUAGAUCAAUUUCCACAAUGCAGAUCAUUGAUAGUGAAGGUCCGGAACUUUAUGUCGAUUCUGCUGAAUCAUCGUCCAUGCAAUGGGCUGUUGCUAACUUAACCUGCUCAGAGGCACAACAGAAUACCUCUGGAUACGCAUGCGUGAGUACAAACAGCAUAUGUAUACCCGUCAACAUAACUCAGGAUUUUACGUACAACAUAGGCUAUCGAUGCAAAUGUUUGGACGGUUUCCAGGGGAACCCGUACGUACGAAAUGCUUGUACAGAUGUUGAUGAGUGCCUCCAGCCAAAUAUUUGUAACGGAAUAUGCCAUAAUACCAUAGGAGGCUUCAAUUGUAGUCAAUGCCCCCACAAAACCGAGUAUGAUGCUGCAAAAAAGAAGUGUUCUCCAACAAAGCAACAAAAAUUUCUCUUGGGCAUCAUCAUUGGAUUGUGCAGCGGACUAGGAGCUGUACUUCUCAUCUUAUUUGGGAUAUUCCUUAUGGGUAGAUGGAAAAGAGACAUAAAGAAGCGACUAAGAAGGAAACAUUUCCAGAAAAACCAAGGGAUUCUACUGGAACAAUUAUUAUCACCGCUGGAAAACGCAAGUGACACCACUAAGAUUUUCUCCUUAGAGGAGCUGGAAAAAGCAACAGAUAAUUUUGACCCCACACGUAUCCUGGGCCAUGGAGGACAUGGUACUGUUUACAAAGGAAUCUUAUCUGACCAGCGUGUGGUGGCCAUUAAAAAGUCUAAGGUCAUUGAGGUGGGUCAGAUCAACCAGUUCAUCAAUGAGGUUGCAAUCAUCUCUCAGAUAAAUCACCGAAAUAUUGUUAGUCUCUUUGGAUGUUGUCUGGAAACGGAAGUCCCAUUAUUGGUAUAUGACUUUGUCUCCAAUGGUUCCUUAUUUAAACUUCUUCAUGGCAAUUUGAGUGAAGAAUUCUCUUUAUCUUGGGAUGACAUCCUAAGGAUUGCCACAGAAACUGCAGGAGCUCUUUGCUAUCUUCAUUCUUCAGCGUCGGUGUCGAUAUUCCACCGUGAUGUAAAAUCAUCCAAUAUACUUUUGGACGAAGACUACACCGCUAAAGUGUCAGAUUUUGGUGCUUCCAGAUUGGUUCCGAUUGAUCAAACACAUGUUGUCACAAACAUACAAGGUACAUUUGGAUACUUGGAUCCAGAGUAUUAUUAUACUGGCCAUCUGAAUGAGAAGAGUGAUGUCUAUAGUUUUGGCGUGGUGCUUCUGGAGCUACUUAUUAGAAAGGAGCCUGUUUUUACAAAUGGGUCUGGCAUAAAGCAAAGCUUGUCAAAUUACUUUCUAUGUGAGAUAAAGGUGAGGCCAAUUACAGAGAUAGUACAUGGCAAAGUUCUUGAGGAAGCAACUGAGGAAGAGAUAAAAAAUGUUGUCUCUCUUGCGGAAAUGUGUUUGAAGGCACGAUGUCAUGAAAGACCUACCAUGAAGCAAGUGGAGAUGGCGCUGCAGUUUUUGAUGAGAAAGCGGUUGAACUCAUGUCUGUUAGAUCAUGGAAAAGAAGAGAUGGAAGAGUUUCUAACUGCAGGAACCAGAUCAAUUUCUGACUUGGUGCCUGCUGACUUCAAUAACAGAGCUAAUUCGUCAUCUAAAUGCAGCGACAGAUGCUAUAGCUUGGAGCAAGACGUUUUGCUCUCAGCUACUUUGCCGCGCUAGCUGGAUGUAUUGCUUCGAGUCUUGGAGCAUUGGCGACAUUUUCAAGCUCCCGUUAUCACUUGCUUACCUAUAUCUAUAUGGUGCAGACAUAUUGGGGACACUGAAGAAAAGCAACGGCGUGAGGCUUCAGCCGUGCACAGUUACUCGAAACACUUUAUACAACAAUAUAGCAAUAUUUAUUAUUGCUUGAGUAAUCACGGGCCAUGGUUAUUUUUCAAGUUCUUCCACUAAUAAUGCAACCCGGCUAGUUAUAGGCGAAAGUUUAACCAGGGAGUAACAGUAACUAUGAGCUAGUUCACCAGGGAGUAACAGUAACUAUGAGCUAGUUCUGUUACAACGGUAAAAAGGAUUCAACGGUUGCGAUGCGUCAUCGAGCUUCCAGCCAAUCUGGUCCGUUGGUUAACUGAACCGGUAUUCUCCUGAAUUGCUACAGCUAACUGAAUCACUACUGGUGCUGACAUUGCUCCCCUCUAAGACACGACGUGUCCUCACGGCGUUUGUUCUGCUUCGCGCCACGCUUGCGUUGUUGACUUGAAGAACUCCGGGAAGGUGUACUUGAUGAAGUCAGCGUCCUCCCAAGUGGCGUCUUUCGGUGGUAGAUUCUGCCAAUGAAUCAGCCACUGAACAACUGGUGCAUUGCGUCUUGGAACUUGCCUUACUUGGAGCACCGCAGCCGGGCCUGUUUUGAUCGUACCAUCUGCAUUGACCAUAGGUAAAUAGGGACUAGGGAUUGAUUUGUCACCAAUGUGUUUCUUGAGCUGGCUUACAUGAAAGACUGGAUGUAUUUUGACUUCCUCAGGGAAUUGCAACUUGUAAGCUGAUCGUCCACUCUUUGUGUGAUCAAGAAAGGGCCAUAGUAUUUGUUUUGGAGUUUCAGAGCUCCUUUGAACCAAAAAGCAGCCAAUCUGUAUGGUGCCAUCUUUAAAUAAACCAAUUCUCCUACUUCAAAUGUCCUCUCAACUCUUUUCAUAUCAGCAUAGUGUUUCAUUCUGUUUUGUGCUCUUUGCAAGUUCUCUCUGAGCUGGUCCAGAAUUUGUUGCUUGGAAGAGAGAAAAUCCUGUGCUUCAGCUUCAUCUGGGCCAGGAAUUGCUAGUUCAGCAAUAAGUGGAGGAGGAAAACCAUAUAGUGCCUGGAAUGGAGACAUUUUCAAGGCAGUGUGAUAUGUGGAGUUGUACCAAUAUUCAGCUAGUGAUAGCCAGGAAGCCCACUUGUUUGGUUCAUUGGUAGUCAUACACCUCAGAUAAGUUUCCAAACACUGGUUAACUCUCUCUGUUUGGCCAUCUGUUUGAGGGUGAUAAGCAGUACUGUAUCUGAGUUCCACCUUCAAAGCAGUAAAGAUAUCUUUCCAUAGCAGUAAAGAUAUCUUUCCAUAGUUUGCUGGUGAAUAUUCUGUCCCUGUCUGAUAUUAUGAGCUUAGGAGGUCCAUGCAACCUAAUGAUAUGAUCCACAAAUGCUUGAGCAACAGUGAAAACUGUAUAUGGGUGAGACAAUGGAAUGAAAUGUGAGUAUUUAGUGAAUCUGUCAACUAUCACCAUGAUCACUUCUUUUCCCUGUGAAUUGGGAAGACCCUCAAUGAAGUCCAUUGUCACAUGUUGCCAUGCCAUAUCAACUACAGGCAGUGGGUCCAACAAUCCAGGUUGCAAGCAGUUUUCAUGUUUUGCUCUCUGGCAAAUGGGGCAGGCAGCAAUGAAAGUUUCCACUUCAGCUUUGAGCCCAGGCCAGUAGAAAAUAUUCUUAAUUCUCUGGUAGGUAGCUCUCAUUCCUGAAUGACCCCCAACAGGAGA